CUAUUCAUUUGACUUGCACUUUGCGCAGGACUACGGUUGCAAUUACUUUACUAAGCGGAUGUUUUUUAAAGUCAGUUUAUGUAGAUUCAGUAGGCCUAUGCCAUAUUCAUUCUGCACAGUGCUAUUUAUUGUCUGGCCUGGCUUCGUCUUGUCUUUUUCAGAUAUCCCCAUUUUUUAACAUGGAUGAGUCUAAAAAUGCUACAAAUACAGCUACAAAUGCAGCAACCCCUGAUUUUGAUGUGUAUGGUGCCAUGGACUGGAAAGAUGGUGUUGGAACCCUAACUGGGAGUGAGCUGAAGUUUAAGGUAAAUGAGUUUGGAGUCUUGGAGGUCCUAACAGAGGAGGGAGAAGAUGAGAGUGUGAAGAAAGCUCAUGCCACCAUUACAUGGGCAGUGCCCACUGCUCAGGAGGACAGUGCUGCGGUAGCCGUGAAAGAGAUAGAGGAGAUGCAGGAGGGGCAGUGGGCCCAGAGAGGCCUGGUGUGCGUGCGCUGCCAAAGGAAGGGCUCCCCCAUGGACUUCAUGUCUGAUGGCCUCCACUGCAGUGAGCGCUGUCUGCAGCAGGACCAGCAGGAUGAGCUGAAGCUAAAGAAAGAGGUUUCGAAGAGUAAUGGGGAGGUGGUGGGGGUCAGCCGUAAGAGGUGUUUGCAGCAGGACAAGAUGGACACCACAGAGGUCCCGCCUGAGGACGAUGAGGAGGAGAAAGACAGCAGGAAGACGACCCGUGGUGCUCCGCGAGGCAGAAGGAAACGGAGGGGGGACGCAGGCCUACUGAGACACACUGUUCCAUAUGGAGGGAAAAAGAAGUCUUGGUGUUGGGCCUCAUAUCUGGAGCAGGAGAAAGCCAUUGCUGCCCCCACUAAACUGUUCAAAGAGCACCAGGCCUUCCCCCAGAGUAAGAAUGGAUUCCGGGUGGGAAUGAAGCUAGAGGGAGUGGAUCCAGAGCACCCCUCCAUGUACUGUGUGCUCACUGUAGCUGAGGUUUCAGGACACAGAAUACGGCUUCACUUUGACAAGUACUCCGACUACUAUGACUUCUGGGUGAAUUCCAACUCUGCAGACAUUCACCCUGUGGGAUGGUGUGAGAAAACAGGACACAAGCUUCACCCCCCCAAAGGUUUAAAGGAUGAGGAGUUCAGCUGGUUGUCGUAUAUCAAGCUGAGCAAAGCCCAGGCAGCUCCCAAGGCCCUGUUUGAGAAUCAGAACACGACUGUCACUCCUUUAGGAUUCAGAAUUGGGAUGAAGCUGGAGGCCAUUGACAAGAAGAACCCCUCCUUCAUCUGUGUUGCCACAGUAACAGACAUGGUGGACAGUCGAUUCCUGGUGCACUUUGAUAACUGGGAUGAGAGCUACGACUUCUGGUGUGAUGCAACGAGUCCAUACAUACAUCCAGUGGGCUGGUGUCAAGACAACGACAGGAUUCUCACCAAGCCUCCAGGUUACCCCAAUGUCAAGAAUUUCUCCUGGGGAAAGUAUCUGGAGGAGACGCACUCGUCACCGGCUCCUGCCAGGGCUUUUAAAGGGAAACCCCCCCACAGUUUCCAGCCACUCAUGAAGUUGGAGACGGUGGACAAGAGGAACCCCAUGCUUGUCAGAGUGGCCACCGUGGUAGACACUGACGACCACAGGGUCCAGAUCCAUUUUGAUGGCUGGACGGAUGAGUAUGACUACUGGGUGGACACAGACAGUCCAGACAUCCACCCUGCGGGCUGGUGUGCUAAGACAGGCCACCCCCUCCAGCCCCCAAUCAGUCCACAGGAGCUGUUUGAGUCAUCUGAGCAGGGCGGAUGCCCCACCCCAGGGUGUAAAGGUGUGGGCCACAUCAAAGGAGCCCGCUACUCUGGCCACCACAGUGCGGUGGGAUGCCCAUACUCUGACAUCAACAUCAACAAGGACUCAGUGCUGCCAGACCGUCUGAGUGGUGAGAUGCCAGGGUCAGGAGGACUGGGGCGACCCCGACGGGCAGAACCCAACCCAGAUAUCAACCCAGCUCCAGCUCUCACUGCAGACAAGCACUUAAGCGCCAACCCAAAUCACCUGGACAAGCCUGGCAGGGGCGAGAAGGCUGGCAUCGGAGUGGCGAGUGCUAUGGAACGGCCAAUCAAGAAACCCGCCGGCACAGAGCCAAAAAGGAGGGUUGGGCGGCCAUGCAAACAGAGGAAGGUCGAGGAGCCGGUGGAGGAGGAGAUGGAGAGGGAGGUGUCAUGCAUAAUGGAAACCAAAGAGCUGACACUACAGCAAGCCCUUCACCAGUCAGUGUUCAUGCCAUGUACCUCGCCAUCCCCUAGCAGCUCUCCUUUCUGUUGGGACCAGCACAGCAAGCUACUUCCCACUGUGGCUGGCAUCACUUCAAGCAAAGUGGCUUCAUGGACAGUGGAGGAGGUGAUUGAGUUCAUCCAAGGUCUUCCAGGCUGUAGGGAACACGUGCACACUUUCAGAGACGAGCAAAUAGAUGGCGAAGCCUUCUUGCUGUUGACCCAGGUUGACUUGGUGAGGAUCAUGAGCAUCAAGCUGGGUCCAGCCAUUAAGAUCUACAACUCCAUCUUGAUGUUCAAGACGGCGGAGGAAUCGGCAUGUAAUGAGCUCUAACGAAGGUGGGAGGCUACUAUUUUUUUCCCCCCUUAGGAGGAGGUCUAACAGACAAAGAUGUGAAGCACAAAGAACCGUCCUUCCCAGCGGAUGUAUCUCAUGCGAACUGAAUUGCACAAGUUCUUCUUUUUUUUAAGACAACCAUAUUGCAUACUGCGAAUCUCCAAUACGAUUGACUCAUUGAAAAAAUGUCAUUUUCAUUUUUUUUAUAUUAGUGUUGGCGUGGUGCCACGAGGCUGUUCGACCUACUUAAAAACGGAAACGGGAAAUGCAGAGGACUAUUAGUUUUCUCAUCCUUCAGAUUUCCUUUAGCGCAUCACAAUCAGCAACUUUUCAUCGUGUAGAAAGUGCCAUCUGCACAGGGUCUCUGGUAUUAUAGAAGAUUAUUGGCUUUAGCUGUUCCAGUCUCUCUGGAAUGCCGACGUCAUACAGGUCAGAGAAAUGAAUACAUUCAUGAGGAAGUAAUCAUGAUUUUUGAUCCUUGUCACUUCUGUCUGUCUGAUGGGUUGGUGGUGCUGCGGGAGAAGGCUGUAUAUUUCAACCGAGAGCAGAAAGGGAUUUUUAUUCUCUCACCAAACCAACAGGGGCACCCUACUGUAAUAAUUCAAUGCACCAGGCCCUGCAUUUAAUUUCCCCAUGGUAAAUGUCCCCAACUCUUAUGUUUUAUGGAUAGCAAUAUACAGUACCUGUAUAAAGACCAACGUGGGUCAUCUUGGUCUAGUUUCUUUGUCCUGUGUACUGUACAGUCACCUCAUCAGUACUGUUCAGGCCCUCUGAAGCAGUGACAAGUGUCUGUUUACAGUACUUUAAUGUACUAACCCCAGGGAACGGGUUUGGUUGAUUGAAUCAAAUAAAAAAUAAAAGGCUAUCUAUAUGGACAUGGGUAUUUCUUCAUUUGGACAAUUGUUCACUUUUGUUUAUUUAUGUACUGCAAUUUAAAGCAAUUGUUAAAUAUAAUUGAAUCGGUACAUUACUGAUAAUCUCAAAUAGCAUACUUAGUGCUCUUUAAAUAAGUGUUGACUGUAAUAUGCUAUUUCAAUUUGCUUUGCCGAUGCCUAAAGAGAACAAAAUGCCGGUUUAUGUUUUGCUGUUAUUUAUUUAUUUAAAUCUCAUACCGGUGGGUGAGACUGCUGUGUGCAGAAUUAUGCAAAAUAAUGUAAAUGGUAAAUAGCUUGCCAUUUCUGAAGCUAAUAUAAUGAUGAAGCCUUUAAUUCCACCUGUAUUGAUUCACAAAUAAAUACAAUGAGAAGUACA